CGUAGUGGGGGAUCAGGGAGAUUCGAUAUCGUCUGCAACUCUCAGCUUCCCCCAAUUGUGAGCUCAACAUCGAACCCUAGCUAAGCUCACCAAACCAGUCAUGUCGUCCAAGCAAGGAGGGAAGGCGAAACCUUUGAAGCAGCCAAAAGCUGAUAAGAAGGAAUACGACGAGACCGACUUGGCUAACAUUCAGAAGAAGAAAGAUGAGGAGAAGGCACUUAAGGAGCUUAGAGCCAAGGCAUCGCAGAAGGGAUCCUUUGGAGGUUCUGGACUUAAGAAGAGCGGCAAGAAAUGAUUCCCUUUUAUCCAUCAAGUGUUGUUUGAUAUGCAAAUUUAUCAACUUAAAACAGAUAAUCGUGUGAUGAUGUAACUUUUAUCGUAUUUGGAGAAGAAUAACUUCGCUUCUCUAUACAUAUGUUUACUUUCUGCA